AAAUGAGUUGUUGUAAUCUGAAUAAAGGGAAAAAGGCCUUUCUUGAACAUUGGGUGAGACAAUCUUACUAACUAACGAAAUAUGUCCAUUCUUUCAUGCGUACCGUGUACUUAUGUUUGUCCUGUGAAAGUACAUUAUUUUAUUUCGUUUCUGCAAUCUGUCGUUUUUGAUAACUUUUUGAUGUGACCUGUGUCAAAUUGCACCGUGCAGUGACAGGGCUGAUCCUUUUGCGUUAACAACGGCUCCCUUGCCGGAGGUUGUGUAAAAUUCAAUUUUUAUCAAAAACUACAGAUUGCAGCACCCAAAGAAAAAAACACAGUUACAGGACAAUAUUAGUUUAGUCGAAAACAUGUUUUUUAAAAACUUUGUUUAAACUUGGACACUUGUUUGUUGCAUAGCCUUGCACGACUCGGGAUAAACUUUACGCGCUGCAGCAGGGUGGGGAAUGGCCAGUGGUGUGUGCAUGGGAGAGAGAUAAGGUGUUUGGAGGAAAGGAGGGAACAUAGAAAUAAUCAAGCACGAGUAGGAAGACAGUGCGAAGCGCAAGGAAUAAUAAAUGCACGUGAAGAUGACACUUGUCUCUCCCUGUGCAUCUCCUGUUCUUCACAAUAUUGCUUCAUAGUCAUUAUGAUCAACUCCAAUGUUGAUGUAAUUACGGGUGCUAUUUGUCUAUGAAAAUUGAGUUUGUUUAUUUUUGAUUGGGGAGCUUGCUGUCACAUUUGGCCACUCCUCCAUCACCUCACCCAACCCUUUUCCCUGAGCCUGGCAGCUAUUUGCUCAACUUAACAGAUUUGUGUGGUCUGAGCACGCCCACUCUAAACCACUGCACACAGAAGAACCAAGUAGCCUUUAACUCCCUCAUCGUAUCUGGACGAAACUGGUCCAAUCCUCUGGCCAAGAAGCCUUGAGCUCGAGUUGAAGAGAGGAGUAUGACUGCUGAAACACUUAACUUCGGCCCAGAAUGUUGUCUAGGGGAAGAUAAUGGGCGAUGCAUAUCCAACCUAAACUUGAGGCUCCGUGCACUAUCCAGAGGGGGGAGUGUGACGUCCCCCCCUCCUUCUCCAGCAAUGCCAAAGUCCAAGCUGGCUGAUUACCGCUAUGGCCGUGAGGAGAUGCUAGCACUUUAUAUCAAAGAUAACAAGCCCCCAGAGGACAUGCAGGAUAAGGAGUUUGCUGCUAUCCUGCAGGAUGAGCCUGUGCAGCCUUUGGCCCUGGAGCCUCUAACUGAAGAGGAGCAGAGAAACUUCUCCAUGUCUGUGAACAGUGUGGCUGUGCUGAGGCUGAUGGGAAAGGGAGGCGGGGCCGCCCCUGUAGGCGUGGCUAGGGGCCGUGGAGGAGGCAUCAGAGGAGGUAGAGGGAGAGGGAGAGGUGAUGGUGCAUUCUACCAAAGAGCUCCUGGAGGUCCUGAUGAAGGAGAGGUGGGCUUCGGUCGUGGCCGAGAAAUGCUCCGCAGCCAAAGCUGGGAUGACCGAGCUGAGAGGCCAAGGUUUGAGAAGGCAAUCAGGUGUGCUGAAGUAGUGCGGCCAGGGUUUGAAGAGGCGGGGCCUCUGGGCAGGAAGGACUCCUGGCGUGCCGACAGCGACAACUGGCGUACCCUCCGAGAGGAGGAGGAAGAGGCAGCAGGAGGAGGAGGAGGAGAGCAGCCAGCCUGGAGAGUUGCAGGAGCCCGCCGUGAUGAUGGGGGUCCUCGUUCUGCAGGCUGGCGUGAUCAUGGUGGCCGGCGGAAGUUUGAGUUUGACUUCCGUGACGGCGAGGCCCCCCGCAGGGAGUCGAACAAGGACGGCCUUCCUGAGUGGUGCACCGACGAGGAGGAUGGAGAGAUGGGCACAUUUGACUCCUCUGGGGCCUUCAUGUGCAUCAAGAAAGGCUCUAAGGACACCAUCACUGAAGAGGAUCUGGAGUUUGAAGCUCUGGAAGAAGAGGAGGAGAAUGGUCAGGGAGGCAAGGACAACUACGCUGACAGAGAUGAAUGUGAAGCAGCAGGUGAGGGAGAGGAUAAGUACAAGACGACGACUCCUCCCUCCUCAGACCCUCUUCCUGCCCCUUGCGCCACAGAGGCACCCAUCUCCCACCCCUCCAAAACGAACCACGUGCCCGCUGAAGGCAGCUCACUUCCAGGGAGUGGUGAUCAGCUCAGCCCAGACCCCUCCUCCACUACUACCUCCAGCCUGAUGCCUCCUCCCUCCUUCGGAUCUCUCCUCCCCUCAACAGGGGGAGAAGCAGAGGAGGACGAGGGCAUGAAGCACCUGCAACAGGAGGCUGAAAAGAUGGUGGCCUCUCUGCAGGACACGUCCCUUGAGGAGGAGUGUUUCACUCAAGCACUACAGGAGAGUCACACCAUCACCUCUCACACACACCCAGCCCCACACUCACAAGCGCACACCGCUGGACACUCCCACUCGGCCCACAGUGCCCUGCCACUCUCCCACGAGGCAGCCAUGAAGUGGUUCUACAAGGACCCCCAGGCAGAGAUCCAAGGUCCCUUCUCCACGGUGGAGAUGUGUGAGUGGUUCCAGGCAGGUUACUUCACCAUGACCCUGCUGGUAAAGAGGGGUUGUGAUGAGGGCUUCCAGGCCCUGGGUGACGUCAUCAAGAUGUGGGGGCGCGUUCCCUUCUCCCCCGGCCCCUCCCCCCCACCCCUGCUGGUGAGACAGCCCCCACCACCUCGGGGGUCCUCUGGCAAUAUGGACCAGGAGCUUCUGAAGAAACAGUUAGAGCAGGCAGCCACUGCAGCUCUAUACCAGCAACUACAGAUGAGGUUCCAGCACAUGAACAGGAGUGGAGAUUCUAGCAUGAUGCCCUCGAUGAACAGGUCAAUGUCAGUACCAGAUAAUGGGUCCAUGUGGGACAUGCAUACCUCUGCCUCCCAGCAGUCAGGCGGUGAGGCCAACCUAUGGGACUUAACCAUGAGUCAUUCCACUCAGGGGCCAACCCUGGAGCAGCUACAGAAGCUCCAGGACCGGCGUGAGGCUGAACUCAGGGCCAAGCGAGAGGAGGAGGAGCGGAAGCGGCGGGAGGAGAAGAGGAGGCAGCAGCAGGAGGAACAGAAGAGGCGUGAGGAGGAGGAGCUGUACAGGCGUAAGCAGCAGUGUCGGCAGCAGCAGGAGCUGAUCAUGAAGCUGCUGCAGCAGGCCCAGCCCGGGGGCUCAGGGUGUGGCUCUGGCUCCGGGUCAGGGUGGAGCGUCCCCCAGGCCUCGGCCCUCUCCAAGCAAGGCAAGAGCCUCAGCAUGCUGGAGCUGGAGACCGAGAGGCUGCUCAAACAGCAGGCACAGCACCAGAGGGCCCAGCAGCAGAGAGACAGGCAUGGAGGCCUGUCUAUGGGCCAGUGGGGUGAGGGGUCUGUGGGCAUGUGGUCUGGUGGGGGCAUGGAGCCCAAAGGCAGCUCUGGAGGGAUGGGUGUCUGGGAGGAGGCUGUGAAGAACCAAAACAGCCUCCGCAACAUGGGCAUGAAGAACAGCCGCAGCAGUCCAUCUCUCAGUGAGCAGUACAUGCUGAGGAGGAAGCGUACAGAGGACGAGGACAAGCUGCUGAAAUUGCUGCAGGGCAUGAAGCCCCAGGAUGGCUUCACCACCUGGUGUGAACAGAUGCUGCAUGUGCUCAAUACCUCCGCUAACAACUCCUCCUCCUCACUGGACGUGGCCACCAUCGUGGCCUACCUGAAGGAGGUGGAGUCUCCCUACGAGGUCCAUGACUUUAUCCGCUCCUACCUGGGCGACACCGUGGAAGCCAAAGAGUUUGCCAAGCAGUUCCUGGAGCGCCGUGCCAAACAGAAAGCCAACCACCAGAGACAACAGCAGCAGCAGCAGCAACAACAACAACAGCUAUCAAAAGAAGUUGCAGGGCUGUCCAUUAACAACUUUCCUAUCCAGUCCAUGUUCCAGGCAGCCCAGAUGGGGAAGGGAGGAAUGUAUGACAGCCAGGCUGCAAAGAUGAAGAAGAAACAGACCAUGAUGCUUCACUCCGACCCUAGCAUCUUAGGAUAUUCGUUCCUGGGCGCCGGGGACAGGAUGAACCUGGGCGAGAUGGAAAGAGUGGAGGAUUAUUGAUCCACAGCAUCUACCUGAAUCCACCUGAGGCCUUACCUGGAUUACAACACACACUGACACACACACAAACACUCACCUACACGCACACAGACAAUGACGAAUGUGCACUGCUGAGCUACUUUGCCCCCUCAUAGAUGAGGACCUGGUAAAGUAGUGUUUUCUCCCUCAUCUCUGUGUGAGGGGGGGUGGGGGGGUGCGGAGAGUACCCUCCCUCACUUCUUACAGUUAAGCACCUUAAACUAAACUAAUGCACUUUAUCACAGGGGGUUUCAAUAUUUGAAAUGAAGUUUUGCCAGUUUGUUUUCUUUGUUUUUAGGAUGCAAAAUGCGCAUCUAUUCUGCAUAUAUUAUGUCUACAAUAUGAAUACACACAUGUGGAUGUGUGUGUGCAAGCAUACCUAAGUAAGGAACUGGAGGUUACAUCUCCGAUAAUAAUGUGGGGGUGAUCAGGAUUUCUUUUGGAAAGUAUAUUCUUUUUUUGAAAGUUUUUAAAAGUUUUUAUAUAAAAUGUAAAGCUAUAACAAUUUGCAUUUUAUUAAGAAAAAAACUUGAAGGUUUGCACUUAGAAAAACAAACAAAACUACUUGUAGAUAAGUAGUGGAAGAAAAGGAUGUUUCUUUGAAUGCUGGUGGGUUUGUGGUAGACUUAAAGCCUGCACAAUUUUAUUGCUUACAGAGAUGCAUAAAAAGGCCAUGUUUUUACUUUGUUCCAUGAAACUUUUUUACUUUGAAGAUUGUAUGCAAUUUGUGCCCAUGUCAAAUGUACAUGAGUGAUUGGUAGCCAAUGAAUGUGUAUGUUCUUUUGUACAUGGGUUCUCUAAGCGAGAGUGGAGAGGGCUCUUUUCAUCCAAUCUUUCACCAGCUUCUCAUCCCCUAAAUGACUUCAUGAAGGUCUUUUGCGUUGGUGUCCAGUUACCUGACUGGCCGUCUGUGUUUUGUCAUUGGUGCGUUGCUUCCCUCAUUCUCCUCCUUCAUGGUGAGUCACGACGGUCCAUGGGCUCUGAUUCGCUGACAAACUGAAAACAGAUGUCUUGAUUCAAGGCAGAUUUCCAAGGUGUAUUUUACUGCAGUACAGUCCCUCUCUCUCGUCUCACUCUCGUUUAAAGAACCAUAAAAAGUUAUGUUUAAUCGUUCUCUUCCUUGUGGUUAUGAGAGUUGGUAAGACCAGAGAAGUCCCUUGCAUUUUCCAAGGGGAUCUAUUGCCUUUAACGACAUGUCGGUGUUGAGGUCUUGCUUUCCUGCUUCCAGGCAGUUUUGCAGGCGAUUGCCACUGUGUGUGUUAACCCUGGUAUUGAUAGCUAGAGUCCUGUCUUUUUUGUUACUUUUUGAAUAGAAUGUCUGUUAAAAACGAAGUGAAAAGUAUUUGGACUUGAUGAUAUGGAGCACUUUUGAUGCUGCUACACUAUUGUAUUUUUAUAUUGUGUUUUUGUUUUUUUGCCUCUGGUAAUUUUUAUUUUUGUGGGGGGUGGAAAUGAAUGUAUUCCAAAAACCGAAAUGUACAACAGUGCAUUGAGAUGAAGCCAGACUUUAAACAAAUAUUUUGGAGUUAAUGAGUAGAGUUGUGCUGAUAAAGUAUUAGAAUCCCUGAAGAUGAGAUACUGUAAAUGAAACCGAGGUGGACACCGCUGAACACUGCCUUCUCUUAAUGCUCUCUGAAAAACAUAUCGUAAUAAGAUGAAGACAUCUGUCCACCACCAAGCAUUGUUAUCGUCCUCGAUACAAUACACACACCGAGGAACUGGCAUGGAAAAUGUAGCAGCUGUUUUUUGAAAGAGAAAUUGGUCUCCUUUUUAUCUUUGAAUGUCUGGGUUGCUACUAUUAAGAAUCUCUUGUUUUUCUCUCAUUGCCUAAAUCUUGUGACAAUUUAGUUUUUGAAGAUGUGGCCGGAGGAACGAUCGGUACGUCAUCAGCAAACUGAAACAAUCUUCGCUUUAACUGGUCUGGAUUAUAUUUUGUAUUUAUAUUUUUUAAAAAGACAAGAAAAAAUAUCAAGUGGAAAAGGAGAAUGGAUUUUUUGUUUAUUUUUACUGUGACAACCGUAAUAUAUGGUUAUCAUUUGACGCCCCCCUC